GCGGCCGCAGCCAGACCCACCUGCAGCGGCGGCCGGUGGCCGGGCGGACGCUUCCUGGAGCAGUCUCCUCUGCAGCGCGAGCGAGCUGCCUCUGAAAAAGGAGAAUGGCGUUCAGCAAAGGAUUUCGGGUCUAUCACAAAUUGGAUCCCCCACCUUUCAGCCUCAUAGUGGAAACCAGGCAGAAGGAAGAAUGCCUCAUGUUCGAGUCUGGGGCCGUGGCCGUGCUAUCUUCUGCUGAAAAAGAGGCAAUCAAGAGUACAUAUUCCAAAGUCCUGGAUGCAUAUGGACUCUUAGGUGUUUUGCGAUUAAAUCUUGGUGAUACCAUGUUACAUUAUCUGGUCCUAGUCACUGGAUGUAUGUCUGUUGGAAAAAUUCAAGAAUCUGAAGUUUUCCGAGUUACUUCUACUGAGUUUAUAUCCCUUCGAGUUGAUGCUUCAGAUGAGGAUCGAAUUUCUGAAGUGCGGAAGGUUUUGAAUUCCGGAAACUUUUAUUUUGCAUGGUCUGCAUCUGGAGCUAGUUUAGAUCUAAGUCUCAAUGCACAUCGUAGCAUGCAAGAACAAAGCACUGACAAUAGAUUUUUCUGGAAUCAGUCUUUGCAUUUGCAUCUCAAGCACUAUGGUGUGAAUUGUGACGACUGGUUAUUACGCCUCAUGUGUGGGGGUGUGGAAAUCAGGACAAUUUAUGCAGCUCAUAAACAGGCAAAGGCUUGUCUCAUUUCAAGAUUAAGCUGUGAACGAGCUGGGACAAGGUUCAAUGUCCGGGGAACAAAUGAUGAUGGUCAUGUUGCCAACUUUGUAGAAACAGAACAGGUUGUGUACUUAGAUGAUUCUGUUUCUUCCUUCAUACAAAUCCGAGGAUCUGUUCCAUUGUUCUGGGAGCAACCAGGGUUGCAAGUUGGAUCCCAUCGUGUCCGUAUGUCAAGGGGGUUCGAAGCCAAUGCACCUGCAUUUGACAGGCAUUUUAGAACACUUAAGAAUUUGUAUGGUAAACAAAUAAUAGUAAAUUUGCUUGGAUCUAAGGAAGGCGAACAUAUGCUAAGUAAGGCUUUCCAAAGUCAUUUGAAAGCUUCUGAACAUGCUACAGAUAUCCACAUGGUGAAUUUUGACUAUCAUCAAAUGGUUAAAGGAGGAAAAGCAGAAAAAUUACAUAGUGUUCUCAAACCUCAAGUCCAGAAGUUUCUAGAUUAUGGAUUUUUUUACUUCAAUGGAAAUGAAGUUCAAAGGUGCCAGAGUGGUACAGUUCGAACAAACUGCUUGGAUUGUCUUGAUAGAACAAAUAGUGUGCAGGCAUUCCUUGGCUUAGAGAUGCUCACUAAACAAUUGGAGGCUCUUGGCUUGGCUGAAAAGCCUCAGUUGGUGACUCGCUUUCAAGAAGUUUUUCGGUCCAUGUGGUCUGUGAAUGGCGAUUCAAUCAGUAAGAUAUAUGCAGGCACUGGAGCUCUUGAAGGGAAGGCUAAGGGUGGAAAGUUAAAAGAUGGUGCUCGUUCGGUCACCAGAACAAUUCAGAAUAACUUCUUUGACAGCUCCAAGCAAGAGGCCAUUGAUGUCUUGCUGCUAGGAAACACUCUCAAUAGUGACUUAGCUGACAAGGCUCGAGCACUUUUAACUACUGGGAGUUUGCGUGCAUCUUCAAAAGUACUAAAGAGCAUGUGUGAGAACUUCUACAAGUAUUCAAAGCCAAAAAAAAUUCGAGUAUGUGUUGGGACCUGGAACGUGAAUGGUGGAAAGCAGUUUCGCAGCAUCGCUUUCAAGAACCAGACGCUCACUGACUGGCUUCUGGAUGCACCCAAGUUAGCAGGCAUCCAGGAGUUUCAAGAUAAAAGAAGUAAGCCAACAGAUAUAUUUGCAAUUGGUUUUGAAGAAAUGGUAGAGUUGAAUGCUGGAAACAUUGUGAAUGCAAGCACAACAAAUCAGAAGCUCUGGGCAGUGGAACUUCAGAAGACAAUCUCAAGAGACAAUAAGUAUGUGCUGCUGGCUUCUGAGCAGUUGGUGGGCGUCUGUCUGUUUGUUUUUAUCAGGCCGCAGCAUGCUCCUUUCAUAAGAGAUGUGGCAGUUGAUACUGUGAAGACUGGGAUGGGAGGUGCGACUGGAAAUAAGGGAGCAGUUGCAAUCCGAAUGCUCUUCCACACCACCAGCCUCUGCUUUGUCUGUAGCCACUUUGCUGCAGGACAGUCACAAGUCAAAGAAAGAAAUGAAGAUUUCAUAGAAAUAGCACGAAAACUGAGCUUUCCCAUGGGAAGGCUGUUGUUUUCUCAUGACUAUGUGUUUUGGUGUGGUGACUUCAACUAUCGAAUCGAUCUUCCUAAUGAAGAAGUUAAAGAGCUCAUAAGACAGCAAAAUUGGGAUUCCCUUAUAGCAGGAGAUCAACUUAUCAAUCAGAAGAAUGCUGGACAGAUUUUUAGAGGAUUUCUAGAGGGAAAAGUUACCUUUGCUCCAACCUAUAAAUAUGACUUGUUCUCGGAUGACUAUGACACCAGUGAGAAGUGUCGCACUCCUGCAUGGACUGACCGUGUCCUCUGGAGAAGGAGAAAGUGGCCUUUUGAUAGAUCAGCUGAAGACUUAGAUCUUCUAAAUGCCAGCUUUCAAGAUGAAAGCAAGAUCCUCUACACAUGGACUCCUGGCACUUUGCUGCACUAUGGAAGAGCUGAGCUGAAGACUUCUGACCAUAGGCCUGUCAUUGCCCUGAUUGAUAUAGAUAUAUUUGAAGUUGAAGCUGAAGAGAGGCAGAACAUUUACAAAGAAGUGAUUGCAGUGCAAGGUCCACCAGAUGGUACAGUAUUGGUCUCAAUCAAAAGUUCUUUACAAGAAAAUAAUUUUUUUGAUGAUGCCUUGAUUGAUGAGCUUCUACAGCAGUUUGCAAAUUUUGGUGAAGUUAUACUCAUAAGGUUUGUAGAAGAUAAAAUGUGGGUUACAUUUUUGGAAGGAAGCUCUGCCUUGAGUGUUCUGAGCCUAAAUGGUAAAGAGCUAUUGAAUCGGACUAUAACUAUCACUUUAAAAAGUCCAGACUGGAUCAGAAACUUGGAAGAAGAAAUGAGUUUAGAGAAAAUCAGUGUCACAUUGCCUUCAUCGACAAGCUCUACCCUGCUUGGUGAAGAUGCUGAGGUUGCAGCAGAUUUUGACAUGGAAGGUGAUGUCGAUGACUACAGUGCUGAAGUAGAGGAACUUCUUCCUCAGCAUCUGCAGCCAUCCUCAAGUUCUGGCCUCGGCACUUCCCCAAGCUCUUCACCCCGGACGAGUCCCUGCCAGUCACCUACAAUAGCAGAGGCUCCUAUACCUUCCUUUCCCAUCAGACCAAGUCGAACUCCAUCAAGAACUCCAGGCCCUCCAAGUUCACAGAGUUCUCCGGUUGAUUCUCAGCCAGCAGCACCCCCGCAGCAGAGGGAGUCUUCCCAGACCUUGGAGCCCAAGCGACCACCCCCGCCCAGGCCAGUUGCCCCUCCCACGCGCCCUGCACCCCCACAGAGACCACCACCACCUUCAGGACGCAAUCAGCCUUCACCUCAAGCAGGAUUUGCAGUCCCAGGUCCUGCUGGACCCAGUACAGCCAGACCGACAAUUCCACCCCGGGCUGGAGUUAUCAGCGCCCCCCAGAGUCAUGCGCGGGCAUCUGCUGGAAGACUGACUCCAGAAAGCCAAAACAAGCCACCAGAGGCAUCAAAAGGCUCAACUUUCCUUCCAGAACCACUGAAGCCUCAGGCUGCUUUUCCUGUGCAGCCAUCUCUGCCCCCACCUGCUCAAAAGUUACAAGAGCCUCUCAUCCCCAUGGCAGCAUCUGUGCCUCAGCCUGGCCCUCAGCCAAAUUUGGAAACCCCCCCUCAACCCCCACCUCGGAGCAGGUCCUCCCACAGCUUGCCUUCAGAGUCUUCGCCACAACUGCAAGUAAAAACAAAUGGAAUCUCAACUGUCAAACAAGAAUCACUAUCAAAGAGUGACCCAUUUGAAGAUCUGUCAUUUAAUCUGCUUGCUGUAUCAAAGGCUCAGCUAUCUGUUCAGAUAUCACCUGCUCUCACCCCAGACCCAAAGAGGUUGAUUCAGUUGCCUUCUGCAACACCAAGUAAUGUUAAUACUGUGAGUUCUGUAAGCUGCAUGCCAACCAUGCCUCCAAUACCAGCCCGGAGUAAAUCCCAGGAAAAUAUGCGAAGUUCUCCAAACCCAUUUGUUACUAGUUUGACCAGCACAAAUCCCUUCACCGACAGAACUGCUGUGCCUGGAAACCCAUUUAGAGCCCAGUCUCAAGAAUCAGAGGCCACUUCAUGGCUCUCCAAAGAAGAGCCUGUUACGAAUAGUCCUUUCCUUUCUCUGAUGCCUCUCAGUCAGAACACAAGCAAGCCUUCAUCUUCACAUGAUUGUUUGAAAGAUAGUUUUGACCUGCAAGGCAAAUCUACAGUGAAAACAAGCAAUCCAAAAGGAUGGGUAACCUUUGAGGAAGAAGAGGACUUCGGUGUAAAAGGGAAGUCAAAGUCAGUUGGUCCAGACUCAUUGAGUAACCAGCCAAGUGCAUUUGAUGAUGACUGGAGCAAAAGUACACCUAUUUCUUGUGUGUUACCAUCCCGAAGACCACCUCCACCUCCUGUCCCCCUGCUCCUGCCCAGCACCAGCACCAGCCCUAGCCCUGCUGCUGACCCCUUCAGCACCUUGGCAUCUAAGGCAUCUCCCACACAGGACUUUACAGAAAGAUGAUGUGACACUAUGGGAAGGGAGAAGCGUUGUUUGUUUGUGUUUGUUUUUUAGUUUUGGCAGGGUAGAACCAAAAGAAUUGGGCAUUAAUUAUUCAUUAUGUGCAAUAAGUAACUAUUAAGUGCACUGAUAUCUUCAUAAAGUACCACUAUUGAUGUGAAUAUAGUUGGAAUAUGUAUAUAUUGGAAAUAAGGACAUAUCUUUCUGAAUAUUAACUGGAGUUUUGGUGUGUUUUUGUUCAGACAGUAGGAGACAAUAGUAGCCAUAAAAAGUGUGUAGAACUACCUUAGAAAGUAGUCCUCAUCCAGAAAUUCCUUGUCAGUCUCUGAAGAAUUUUGGAAUGCCCACACAAGUUCUAGCUGACUUUACUGCCAGCUCUUGCGCACUGUUGACAGUUGGUAUUUGUGUUUACCAAAGAACUGCCAAAGUUACAGUGAAAGUUUUGAAAGGCAUUGCUUUAACAAAAAUGUUACAUGUGUAUGUGUGUGCAUAUGUGUAAUUAUCCAUACACAAAUAUACAUGCACUUACAUAUUUACAAAACUCUUAAAUAAGUUAUAUCUAAGGAUAUAAAUUAGACCAGAUUUUUUACCUACAUGUUUUAACAAAGACCUUUUCAAUAUUGCAUUACCAAAAUGAUGGCUACCUAUGUAAUUUGGAAUAUUUCAUUAAUUUUAUUUCAAAAACUAAUAUCUCUAGACAAGCAAAAUGUUCUACUAUUCCACACCCCAGCCCUUCAAAUACACAUACCCUUGUUACUUUCUACUCCAGGGCCUCCAUAUGCUUUCCCCUGGGAAGAGGUUCUUGCAGCUGGCAGCAACAUAUCUUGUGGUCACUGUCAUGUGGACAUUUAAUCUAGUCUCCUUGAGAAAGUACUGUGGUCUUAUAUAUAGGGAAGGCACAUACCACCGAGUUCAAUGAGAAAUGUUACAGCUAAACAUAUUCUCUUCUUUCUGCACAUUUAAGGACUAUGUUAGCCAUUUCCUUCCCAUCCUUUUCUAUUUGCUGCUUUUGCUCUAGAACUUUGCUUUUAGCAGGAAAAGCAAUCAUCCCCAGAGUGCUUUGGACCAGGGACAAACCCAGUGUGGUGUCUUCUCCCCAAGAGGCUCCACAACACAUUUCUGAUGCUGCUUUAAGUUGUUAGAGGCUAUACCUCAAAUUAGUGGAUUUUGUCUCCUGCACUGCCAGUAUGCAACUAAUCCCGCUUUUACUAAUUUUAUGGAGUACACAGAAUUUUUACAGAAUGUAGUAUUUUGAUAUCAUUAAGUAAACCAAUUAGAAAACUCCUUGAGCAAUAGUUGUUUUGUUGUCAGUUUAAGUUAAAAUCAUCUCUGCCCAAUGAUUUAUAUUAACAUUCCAUCUAUAG